UUAGCUUCAUUUUCGGGUCAGAAAAUGAAAAGCUCAUAAGACAAAACUGUGUCGUUUACACGAUGCUUAAAAAAAAAAAAAAGAAGGAAACGCUGUCCUCCGGUUUCAACGAACACAACGGCGAACCAGUCAGAUUCUCGAAGGCAAAUGGCUUUCGUCUCUCUCUCUUCGCCCUCCAUUUUUGUUCUCUCAAAAACCUCGACGAUUUACUUUGAAAUGGUCAACCGAUCCGCCCUUCUUUCCCUCAAAGACAGGCCAUUCUGUCCGAAGUUCAAGCAGAUCCAUCUCGUGAUUCACAGUUCUCCACCACAUCUGGAUUUACAGCCCAAAAUCCAACGUUGCCUGAUGUAUAAAUUUGGUUUCGUAGUUAAUCCUUCGAAGCCUUCCAUCUUGUCCAGUCGCAUUUGAUUUUAUCUGGUAGACGAGGCUUCGGACGGCUCGGGGUUUUAAUUGCCCUAGUUUUUUUUUUUGGUUUCUGGGGGUGGUUUCUCUCUCUUUUUUUGCUCUUCUCCUGAAGUUCUUGCGCCUCGGAUCGAGUCGCUCUUGUAAAAGAGUAAUUUCUUCAUAAUGGCUUUCACAGGAACGUUGGAUAAAUGCAAGGCUUGUGAUAAGACUGUUUAUGUCGUUGAUUUGUUGUCCCUUGAAGGGAAUCCUUAUCAUAAGCAAUGCUUCAAAUGCAGCCACUGCAAAGGCACCCUUUCGAUGAGCAGCUACUCGUGGAUGGAUGGUGUUCUGUUUUGCAAGACUCAUUUCGAGCAACUCUUCAAGGAAUCUGGAAAUUUCAGCAAGAACUUUCAAAGUACUAAACCUUCUGAGAAGCAAAGUGAACUGACAAGGACCCCCAGCAAACUCUCCUCCAUGUUCUCUGGAACUCAAGAUAAAUGUGCUGUUUGCACCAAAACAGUUUAUCCACUAGAGAAGGUCACUUUGGAGGGGGAAUGCUACCACAAGAAUUGCUUUAGGUGUGCUCAUGGUGGAUGCCAUUUGACACACUGUUCUUAUGCUGCUCUUGAUGGAGUUUUGUACUGCAAGCACCAUUUUGCUCAGCUCUUCAUGGUCAAAGGCAACUAUAACCAUGUCCUUGAAGCUGCUGCAAACAAGAAAACUACCACACCCCCAGCCGAACAUGGCGAAGAAGAUGCCGAUCCUCAGCCUCAAUCCGAGGAACACGCAGUAGAGCAAUCUUAAAAUGCCUUUUCUGCUCUACCAGCAUUUGAGAAUUCUUCUUCGCUUUAUUCUUCUUAUAAAGAAAAAAAAAAUUAUUUUCUGUUUGGAAAGAGAAAUCAUUUGUUUUUGUUCACAUUCAAAUUGACAUUCAAUUUAUAAUGUAAUCGAAGACACUAUCUUCUAUGUCAGACAGAUAAACAAGUCCUUCAAAGAAUUGCACCAUAGUUCUGUGUGAAUGAGAAGCUGGAAUAAGAAGCAGAUCUGCUGCAAUUUCAAAUA